CCCUCUCUUCAUAAGAGUUGACUCUAAAGAGAAACCAAACGCAGAUUCCUUCUCUAUACUCAUCCUCUCUCUCUCUCUGUGUCUCUCUCUCUCUCUGUUUCUCUUCAAAGUUCAAAACUUUGCGUCCGGAUCAAAACCGCGUCCACCAAAUCCGAUUCCCCAUCUCCGCAAAACCUUAUCCUCAAAAACCAAACACUCUGUUUCUCCGAUCUCAGGCCCUAAGCAAGCAAGCCAUGGUGGUGAAAAUGAAGCAGAUCAUGCGGUGGCCGCCGUGGCCUCCUCUCUUUGCCGUCAAAUUCGACGUGAUCGUCGCCGUCCACAGGAUCGAGGGGUUGAGUUCCGAUACCGGCGACUGCGCCGCGAGGAGGAGGAGACCCGUCGUGGAGAUCAAAUGGAGAGGGCCCAGAGCGGUGACUCUCAAACGGAGCUCCGUCGAAAGGAGCUACACGGAGGAAGGAGGGUUUCGAGGCGACGGCGUGGUGGAGUGGAACGAGGAGUUUAAGAGGGUUUGCGAGUUCUCUGUUUACAAGGAAGGAGAGUUUCUUCCCUGGAUCGUCUCCUUCACCGUCUUCAAUGGAUUGAGUCAAGGAACGAAGGAGAAAGCUCGUAGCUUUGGGAAGGCAUCACUGAACAUAGCAGAGUUCUUUUCACUGAUGAAAGAAGAUGAUGUUCAAGUCAAAGUGCCUCUAAAGAUGCGUGGCUCUUCUUCUUCAUCAGCAUCACUUCAUAUCUCUCUUCAGUUUUCCUCUAAAGAAUCAUUACCUGAGAGACAAAGAUCUGCUCUUCCUGUCCUGUGGUCUCCUCUCUCGGCAGAGGCAGAGAAAGCCGAGUCUGUUGUCAAAGUAGGCCUGAGGAAGAUGAAAACAUUCAACCACUGCAUGUCUCGCCAGGCUUCUGAAAAGGAGGAGAGUAUUAAAAAAGAUGCAAGCAGCGGAAGCGAAACCAGAAGCCCUGAGAGAAGCCUUGACUCUGAGUCUUCUUAUCCCUUUGACACAGAUUCUCAGGAUGAAGUUGAUGCUGCUGCUGAUGAAUCAGAAGAGAGCGGUGUGGUUGAACCUGUUACUUACAAAACACUAAGAUACGCUAAUUGGGCUAGAGGCUCUUUUCAUGCUGGUACAAACCCUGAAGAUGAUGACUUGAUAUACUACAGCCACCGCAGCCCAUCAACAGAGAGAGGGGAGGAGGUCUCGAGUGAUGCAGUGAGCUCGGAGCAGAAGAAGAGAAUGUUAUCUUGGAAGAAGAGAAAGCUCAGUUUUAGAUCUUCUAAACAGAAAGGAGAACCGCUUCUUAAAAAGGAUUGCCUUGAAGAAGGAGGUGAUGAUAUAGAUUAUGACCGGAGACAGCUUAGCUCAUCUGAUGAGUCUACCUCUGAUUGGUAUAAGUCUGAUGAUUCAGUGAUGAAACCGUUGUCUGAGUUUGGAGACGAUGACUUUGUUGUUGGUAGCUGGGAGACGAGAGAUAUUACAAGCCGUGACGGGCUGAUGAAACUCAAGGCUCAAGUGUUCCUCGCUUCGAUCGAUCAAAGAAGCGAGAGAGCAGCUGGAGAAAGCGCCUGCACGGCUCUAGUCGUGGUGAUGGCGCAUUGGUUAGGAUCAAACAGAGACAUAAUCCCAACGAGGUCAGAGUUCGACAGUCUCAUCAGAGAAGGAUCAUCCGAGUGGAGGAACUUGUGCGAGAAGGAGGAGUACAGGGAGCGGUUUCCGGACAAACAUUUUGAUCUGGAGACGGUUCUCCAGGCUAAGAUCAGACCUAUCUGUGUGGUCCCGGAGAAGUCCUUCAUCGGAUUUUUCCAUCCGGAGAAAGAAGAGGAAGAAGACGCGAGUCUUGACUUUCUGAGAGAUGUGAUGUCCUUUGAUAGUAUAUGGGAAGAGAUCAUGAGACACGAACCGGAAGAGUUCGGAAGCGAGCCUGUGAUCUACAUUGUGAGCUGGAAUGAUCAUUUCUUUGUGCUUCUCGUUGACCACAAUGCUUAUUACAUCAUAGACACGCUUGGGGAGAGGCUUUACGAGGGUUGUAACCAAGCUUAUGUGUUGAAGUUUGACAAAGAUGCAGAGAUACAGAGAUUGAAACCAGAGGUUAAGGACAAGAACAAGCCAGAGCAAGCCGAGAGAUCAACAACAGAGUUAGAUGAACAAGAAGAGGAAGAAGUGGUAGUGUGUAGUAGAGGUAAAGAGUCGUGCAGGGAGUAUAUAAAGAGCUUUCUAGCUGCGAUUCCAAUACAACAAGCGAAAGCUGAUAUGAAGAAAGGAUUGGUUUCGUCUGUGCAUCACCGUCUUCAGAUAGAGCUUCACGUCACAAGACACCUUGAGCAGCAUCAACCAAAUCUGCUGCUACUUGAAUCCUCUGCAAGUGAAGCAAAUGUGGAUUGGUCACUGGCGAGUCAGUACAGCAAUAGUGGGGGGUUUGGUUGCGAAGUGGCUGAGCUAGUGGGAGUUGAAGUUUGAGAGACAAAAGUGUAUAGAGACGAGCUUUUGUGUUUAUAACUCUUUUCUUACUUUUGACUUUUUUUUGGUUGUGUGGAUAAAAGUAUGGUGUUGAUACAAUGUCUUUUCUUUGGAGAGUCAAAGAAAGACUUUUCUUCCUCUCCUACAAUAAUGUAUAGAGGAGAAACUUA